AUGUUAUUACUUUUACUAUUCGCUACCUCGGUUAGCGGAUGUCAGAAGGGUUGUGACUGUUCGUCAAGUGUUACCGUAUGUCAUGCUCAAUCGUUACGAAGUGUUCCGAUACUGUUGGAUCCUCGAACGAAACGUCUCGAUCUCGCGCACAACAAAAUCACCCGACUCACAGCCGAUGAGCUCAGUCUCUAUCCAAACUUGGAAUACCUGUCGUUGGCGAACAACUCCCUUACGCACGUCACAGCUGAAGCUUUUUCGGCUUUGCCUCACCUGAGGCAUCUGGACCUCUCCAACAACAAUCUUCUGUCACUACCGAAGAACGUCUUCAAUAAAUUAAAGAACCUAGAGACGCUGACUCUAUCGAACAAUGAGCUCCAACUAUCUCCAGACACCUUUGCGGGAUUGGCAGCUCUACAGCGGCUCGACCUCACUUCAAACCGAUUGGCUUAUCUGCCACCAUCGGUUUUCCGAAACUUGAAGUCAUUGAAGAUUCUUGAUCUGUCUAAUAAUAAGCUGUUGGCACUACCAGCUUCACUGCUCUCUACAGUACCACAGUUGAGGCAUCUCGACGCCGGUCACAAUCUGCUUUCUGAUGUGAGUUUCUUAUAA